GGAGAGUGUUGACGUUGAUAGGUAUAAUCAUGAUGAAGGCAAACUGGAAGCUGGGAGGUGAGUAAUUGGCAAGACGGCAAGCCUAAGCAAGCUAGAGGGCCGGACAUAUGUAGCCUCCAAAGGCACCAUUUUUUAUGUCAAGAUCGAUCUGACUUUGACUCUCGAUUCCGCACGAGGAUAUGUCAGAUUAAUUUUUUGAGCUAAAUUGUUCAGGCUGCUUUCUGUUUCGUACCAUUUCCUACCAUUCCCUUAUCCUCAUGGAUUUCAAAUCCCCGACUCUCCGGCUGAGCUCUGACUCGGAGGAAUCUUUGAGCAACUUUGUCACUAGAGAUGCUCAACGUACCACCACCCGAGCAAGACGGCAUAACAUUCUAGUCGCUUCGCUGGUGCUUGUCGUCCUCUCCUUCGUCGGAAUAUUCGCUUUCUUGUUCUGGACGCCGUAUUCCCUGCGCUUGUCUACCCCAAUAUCUUCGCCUCACGACAACGCAACUUCUGCCAUACCCGCCAGUGAUGUUGAGGAGGAGCAAAAUACCGCUGUACCUUCAGUACUUGAUCCUUGGGAUCCUCGACUCUCGUUAAAUGGUCCACCCACUUCACAGUUUAGAGAAAACCUGAAGCCGGACGUCAAGUACAUCACAUCUUGGCCUGGUGCUGGUUGGACGAACGAUGUGAUGACAUAUGCUAACAUGAUUUAUCUGGGUUUCAUCACUGAUCGCGUCCCGGUUGUCCCAAUGUUCACGCCUUCCCAUAUCAACAUAGGGGCAACAAAUCCCGUUCGUCCAAUUGCCUUCGGAGAUGUUUUCGAUGUUCCUCUCAUGCGCAAACUCACGGGGAAGGCAAUUUUAGAAUGGAGAGAGGUCAAAGACGCUGAGAGCGAGGAUGUUGAUGAAAUUGGAUGUUGGAAUAUCUGGGAGUCUGUGCAGUAUAGAGAACAUGCUCCUCGGGGAAGCGCAGCCCCUGACCAUCUAAAACUCGAUAUCUCCUAUACCAAAACUCCACCUUGGAUUAAGCUUAUCCCCGAUUUUGAGCACGAUUCUCACACGACAUUCUGGAGCCUGGCGAGACUUGCUUUUCCUCAAGCUCUUCAUGAGGACUUGGGCACUCCGCUCCCGUCACCCCUUCAUGGGGUUUCUCGCCCUCCAGACGCGCAAAUGAUGUGCUACGAUUAUAUGUAUUACGUCUGUGCACAACAGCCCUAUGAAUACGAGACAGAUUAUAGUCCGGCAUGGAGAUACGUAGCUCAAUACAUGCACUGGGUACCUUCUCUUCAGAACCUGGCAAAUGUCUAUCUCAAUCGCGCGUUUGGGGUCCCUGAAGACGGACCGACACCGCCAUACAUCGCAAUACACGUUCGCCAUUACGACUUCGCAGACCAAUGUUCAGUCCCACUUGAUGAAUGUUUCGCAUCCAUAUCAGUCAUCGCCCGACGAGUUCGUGAAGUCCAGGAUCAGAUACAGGCAGAAAAGGGCAUUGUGGUUAAUCACAUCAUCAUGACGAGUGACGAGAAGGAUGAAGCAUGGUGGCAGGAGGUUGCCGACCAGAACUGGAGCACUCCUGACCAUUCUAAAACGAAAGAGUUGUAUGGAAACUGGCAUCCUGUCUUAAUUGACGCAGUAAUCCAAUCCGGAGGCAUCGGAUUUGUUGGGACGUGGGGUUCAACAAUGUCAAUUAUGGCAAAGCGUCGUGUGGAGGCAUGGCAGGGGGGAAUAACGAGACAGGUACAAUGGGGCUAUAUCGGUGCAGACGACCAUUGAUCAGGCUUCGAAUGGACAACAGAACCAGUAUUCCGGACAUAAUUGGACUAUAAUGCAUAGAAUGGGAACAGAGGGGAACAGCGAGCCGCAAUCAGACUAAUCCAAACAUUAUGCAUGCAUGUUUUUACCUCGUAUCGAAUUCCAUACACUCUAAUGACAUCGAUAAGUAAUAUCAUUACACUCCAGACCAACUCGUAUGUCUAUCUUUGUGACGAGUACCUGUCUAAAAUCGGUGUCAAAUUAUGUACAUAUACUGAUACGUUGAACUGGCCUCCUU